AAGCUAUCCCGCCGCAGAGCAGACCCCUCCUCUUGCUUCGUGUCGAUCACGUGGUCACGCUUCUACUGGCGUAGUCAAAGCCAAGCAGGAAGUAGCUUCUAUCGUGAACCGGAAGCGGAACUGACCUUUCAAAGGAAGCGUUGUACACGCCGGGAAAACGUGAGAAGGGAAAGACAAGGCAAAAAAGAAAGAUGAGUCUCCUUAAUAAGCCCAAAACUGAGAUGACGCCCGAAGAGCUCCAAAAGCGAGAAGAGGAGGAGUUUAACACAGGGCCACUGUCUGUGCUUACACAGUCUGUGAAGAACAACACACAAGUCCUGAUCAACUGUAGGAAUAACAAAAAGUUGCUGGGCAGAGUGAAAGCCUUUGACAGACACUGUAACAUGGUACUGGAAAAUGUCAAAGAAAUGUGGACUGAAGUCCCUAAGAGUGGAAAGGGUAAAAAGAAGUCCAAACCAGUGAACAAAGACCGAUAUAUCUCCAAGAUGUUCCUCCGUGGAGACAGUGUCAUUGUUGUUCUUCGGAAUCCACUACUUGCUGGAAAGUGAUACUGUCUAAUCUCUUUAUAACUUCCUUACAAAUACUAACCAUGGUGUCAAAUAGUUGCGUUACCAAGGAUCACCAAAUGUCUUUUUUUUUUCUGCCCCCCCCGAAAGAACCCUUUAGAUUGUCAAAAGGAUUGUGAAGUUCAGCCUACAUUCUACAGUGUUUCUUUAAAACCUUUUAUAACAAGAUCUCUCUGUCCCACCAUGAUUUUUUUCUAAUAAAGAAAAUUUGUUAAAA